GUAACACAGUCGCACUCGCACACUAGGUACAAUCACUACAUAACAAUUUCUCAAUAGUGUCAACAUUGAAGAUUGAACUUACAUUGGCUUAGGUAAUUAAAUAGUUUUCCUCCCAAUUGAGUCUUCUAGUUCAUUUGUGCUUUUAUUUGUGUUUAUUAUCUACAAAUUACAAUGCAAACUUCAAAAUUAUUUUUAAAAACAAAUGCUUCUUUACUAAGCAAAAGCGUUUCAAGCCCUUCAAUUCUUGGAUUACGCAACAUUACAAUAACUAGUAAAGCAACAAAAUCCUUUAAAAUUCAAGACGAGAAAGAUUUUGAUGAAAGAGUGAAGAAAAGUAAAACUCCUGUAAUAGUCGAUUUCUUUGCAACGUGGUGCAAUCCUUGCAAAGCCUUAACCCCAAGAAUUGAAUCAGUUGUAGCUGAAAAAGAGGGCAGAGUUGUCCUGGCAAAAGUGGACAUUGAUGAACAUUCAAACCUGGCAGAUGAUUAUGAUAUCAAAAGUGUACCAGUACUACUAAUUAUGAGAAAUGGAAAAGUUGAGGACCGAAUAGUUGGACUUCAGGACACGGACAAACUGCAUAAAUUUGUUGAUAGCGUGAUUAGCUCCAAGUGAAGAUGAUCAUGUUGUUUACUGCUAAACUGUACAUUGAUACUAUUUUUAGAAUCACCAUUUGAGUCAUAGGAUACACAAUUAUUUAUUAAAUUUAUACAAGAAUAAAUUAUAUAUGCAAAUUUGUUGAAGUAA